AAUACAUCAUCCCAGGGGUGGCAAGGCUGGCAUGAUCUUAUUAUUCUUCAACUUCACCUGGCAACGCACUUUUUCUAUACAUAUUGUCAUACCUUCAAGGAGCUCGUCGCUACUGCAAGCAUGGCUGACGAGCUUGACGAACUCAACCCUUCAGAUGUGGUGUUCCUUGAGAAGCUGAAAGAGUCUAAGAAUACUGCUAUUUUUAAGGUGGCUGUCAAUGGGACAAUUUGUGUUAUGAAAGUGUAUCAUAGCAGAAGCCGAUCUGAUGCUAGUUCUCCAGACCUUGAAGUAGAUCUCUUUACAUGUGAGUCUACUGCUUACCGGCGGAUGAAAGCAAAAGGGCUAUGUACGCGAGGAGUUGUUCCCGAUUUUUAUGGCACAAUCACAAACAUACAACCAACCCUCUGGCCAAGCUUGCAUAUGUUUAUUGGGGAUAAACUACCUCCGAAUGCCAUUAUUAUCGAGUAUAUUGCAAAUAUGGAGCCAAUUGGUCUAUCAAAUUUCUCAGAACAUCGCCUGGCAGAGCUUUAUCAUAUUCUUAAGGAUAUCCAUCAGGUCAGGAUUCUUCACGGUGAUCCAUACCCAAGGAAUAUGAUGAUAGCAGAAGGAGAGCAGGAUAGAGUGCUUUGGAUUGAUUUUGAUUCUGCCCAGACAUUUUCAGAGGGCCCCCUUUCACCGAAACAAGAGAAAUGGUUCAAGGAAGAGAUUGAGAUGAUGGACUAUUUUGUUAAAGAUCUAACUGAAGAUUAUAAGGAGGGCAGGAUCAAUCACACACGCUCUUACUAUUACGAGUGGUACGUGUAGAGAGAGGACAUAUGGGGGCAAUGUCAUCAUUGGGUACGGACGGGAAGACGAUCUGAUUUUUUUUAUGUGGUUUCUGUAUCCAGACGCAGAAUGUAACAACAAUAGUGCCCCUACCAUCUUUCGCGAAAGACGAA